AGAAAGGGCGGAAAAAGGGGCGCAUGCAACAUCGAGAAGCCCGAAUAGGCUUAGUGUGGCGGCGGUAUAUAUUUUCACGUGCUACUCCACCCGAACCAACUACUGCGGAGCGCAAGUGACCCUCGAAUCCAAUCUUUUUAGAAAAAUAUUAGUCGCUGGAAGUAUCCCUCGCCUUACCAGGAUAAUCGGAUUUUUUGGUCCUCAGACCUCUUUUUCCACAUUAUCCAUUCCCUCGACAUGAACGGAGCAAAGCCGACGCCUACAGUAGCUGAUUUGGCCGCCAUGUCGACAGAAGAGAGAAUGUCGGGCAUGGAGCAUUCGGAAGUUCGCUACUUCACGAGCUACGACCACCAUGGAAUCCACGAAGAGAUGCUAAAAGACGAAGUGCGCACUCGAUCCUACCGAGACGCAAUCUACCAGAACCACCACCUCUUCAAAGACAAGGUCGUCCUGGACGUAGGCUGCGGAACAGGCAUUCUUUCCAUGUUCGCGGCCAGAGCAGGCGCGAGACAUGUUAUUGGAGUCGACAUGUCUAGCAUCAUCAACAAGGCCAAAGAGAUCGUGCAAGUAAAUGGCCUGUCAAAGAAGAUCACACUCCUACAAGGCAAGAUGGAAGAGGUGGAGAUGCCUCAAGAGCACCUCAACGACGGAAAAGUCGACAUUAUCAUCUCGGAGUGGAUGGGCUAUUUCCUUCUUUACGAAAGCAUGCUGGAUACUGUUCUGUAUGCGCGAGACAGAUACCUGGUAAAAGGAGGCCUGAUUUUCCCAGACAAAGCGACGAUCUAUAUGGCUGGAAUCGAAGACGGAGAAUACAAAGAUGACAAGAUCGGAUUCUGGGACAAUGUCUACGGCUUCGACUACCGGCCCAUGAAAGAAAGUGCUUUGACCGAACCCUUGGUCGACACGGUCGAAAUGAAGGCUCUAGUCACCGACCCAUGCCCGGUCUUCACAAUUGACCUCAACACCGUCACUGUGCCGCAAUUGGCAUUCUCAGAGCCAUUCCAACUUCGAUGUCAGCGAAACGACUUCGUUCAUGCUCUGAUCGCCUGGUUUGAUAUCGACUUCACAGCAUGCCAUAAGCCGAUUCGAUUCUCAACCGGCCCACACACGAAAUACACCCACUGGAAGCAGACCGUGUUCUACGUUCGACAAGUGCUUACCGUCGAGGAAGGCGAGACCGUGACUGGUUUCCUUUCGAGCAAGCCCAACAACAAGAAUAAGCGUGAUCUUGACAUCAAGAUCGAUUAUGAACUCGACACGCUUGACCGGACGCGGUUCGCCAGAGGAUCAUGCGAGUACAAAAUGUGCUGACCUCAGAUGACUGGUUUUGGUCUUUGCAUUCCACCCGGCGUUUAUUCUCUUUGGUGUCUUCCCGUGUGCAUAGCACAAGGCGCGUGGCUUUUGUGACAUGCUUUCCUGGCAAUGUAUGGCCAGAUGGAUGCUAGGCUGGUUGUGCCUGCAUCAUGUUAUGAUCGUGAUAAUGAUCUCGAAAAACGACUUCAAGCUCCUCGUUUAUUACAUUAGAUACCCCACGAGUCGAUGCUGAACCUUUAUACCUGGUCACAAUGAACGUACGAAAAGUUCUCUGCAUGUCUUAUGGCUGCUGGAAUUUCCCGUGCACUUUUGUAUACUGAUCCACCCAUGUUUAUUCCUGAUUACUAUCUUUUACUAUCUUGAUGCGGGUAUCGAGAGCCGCUGUACCUCGGUAUCUUUCCCCGCAACCAUUUGCAGAAGCUGAUCGACAACUACUCUCUCUGUUUCUUAUUGAACAUUGCACC